CGAAGAACGUGUGGGUGGUUUCUGGGCUUCACGGGCACUGACGCGCUUGCCUGAGCCACACUGAUGACAGAUCUAUCGGAAAAGCCUGCUCCUUCGACCCCUCCGGAUGCUCCGGAUGAGUUUCUCUUCCGCAUCAAUGAGAUGGCGCUGUGCAGGCUCGCCGAGGAGCAGCCAGCCAGCCGUGGAGAGGAGAAUCAGCCGAGCGAGGCGACGGAGCGGCCUUCGACCCAACAGCAGCAGCAACAGCAGCCAAAGCGGCGGGAAGAAGAGGCGAGCAGCAGCUUGAUUCUGCACGAGGGUGCGAUGGAGGUGUACCAGAAGUCGGGCGAGGGCAUUGGGUUGGUGUUGGUGUGCGGGUGCUGGCGGAUAGAGCUGGACAAGGACUCGCCGGUCCACUGCACCAGUCCCAAUGUCUACACCUUCCCCAUCACGGUGGACGGCAAGACGCAGCUAGUCGGGCUCAUCCUAUCUGAGUGAGUGAAUAUGAGUGGGGGGAGGGUGGCUAACAAUGCAAGUACGACUAUAUUGUGUUCUGUCUGUGUGCAGGCGGACCCCGGUGAAGGAUGUGGACCUCCUGCAAGCUCUUCUCCUGUACUUCGUUCACCUGCACACACGACAGGUACACACAUACACACACACACACACACACACACAGUCACUCACGUCGGCCUGCCUGCACUGCGUGUGUCGUCUCACUCAUUCAUUCGUGCAGGGCGACGUCACCCCCCGCGUCAUCGCAGAGCAGUCCCAACAGAUCCAGAGGCCGCUGCCUUCUCCCGCGGCCGCCGCUGCACCCGAACCUGCCCCCCGCGUCCCGUCUGGCCCUCCCCCGCGGCCCCUGGCGCCAGGUCUGAAGUUCCACGAGCGAAUGGAUGAGCUCAACCGUUGGAUAGAGGUGGAGGCCAAGCCACGAGUGGAGGCACUCGAGAGAGCCAUCGACGUUAGACUCCCGCAGCUGGGUGAGCUCACUUGCCACUUGCAGGGAACCAAAACCAGGCGCCCGUUGAUGCGUUGAUGUGUGUUGCUGCGUUGUUGUCCUUCAUGACAGAUCCGCAUGACCCUGCUGGCAGCUGUGCUGACUGGAUCGGCUCGGGUCUGAAGAGCGCCUCUUUGGUGCUGGCUGGGGGGCUGCAGAGGGGUGCAUCCAUGGCCAGCAGCGGCAUGCGCCGCGGAGUCGAUCGCAUCAAACCCAACCUCCCGCAGGCUCAAGGUACACAGACGGAUGGAUGGAUGGAUGGACAGCCGGCAAUACAGACGUGCGACAGCGUGUGCAUGGCUGUAUGUGUGUGUGUGGCAGAGCCGGUGGUCGUGCACGACAAUGUGCGGCGGAUGGUACAGAGCACUCGACGGGUCACUCAGGGAGCCGCGGACUGGUCCCUCAGAGGUGUGUUGCUGUACCCAUGACACCCAAAUGACGAUGCACACACCCUCCCUCCCUCCCUCCCUGUCUGUCUGCGUGUGUGCCCUGCAGUGUGGCGCAGGUUUGUCAACUGGAGUGGCCAAGCCAGCCGUUACAUCUCAGAAGCCGUCAACUCCGAUGAGCCCAACAACAGCCAGCCGCAGGAGCCAUCCCCAGCUCCCCCAGUGCGCACAGUCAGGUGUGAGGCGUCACCCGACUUGGAUGAUGCCGCGCUGGCGUCGAGGGCGGACGGGGCCCUGUCUUUGGGUGUGACGAUGAGGCGGCGGCAGUAUCGGCCGGUGGUGACGCUCUUCUCCUCCGCAAUUGAGAGCACUUGCAACAUUUUCGACGCACUGUUGAUCGCGGGAGACACCGUGCUCAGCGGCGGAGGUAGGUUGCGCAUUGAUGAUCCGCAGACCAGCCAGCGGAUGUGUGUGUGUGUGUGUGUGUUGUGCUGCUAUCUGCAGCCGAGAAUGUGUCCGACCUGAUCCGCCAUCGCUAUGGGGACGAUGUGGGUGCCGUCACGCGGGACGGUCUGAUGACGGGUGUCGACGCUUACAGGUUCCACCGCAUGGUGGGCGCCCUCGUCUCGCCGGCCUCCCUGGCACGCUCGGCCAUCCGCGGCACGGCCAUCGAGGCCGGCAGGACACUCGAAGAGCCGGAGAACGUCAGGACACUGGCUGAGGCGGCAUCGUCACCUGAUCUGCUCGAGAAGGCGCGUGUGGCUGAGGGAGAGCAGCUGGGUGAUGGCAUGACGCCGCUGCGGACGAGCGAGAGCGACCCGACUUUGGGAACGCCGAAGUCGGGGGCGGGGAGGGAGGCGGCGGCUGCGGCUGCGGCUGCGGAUGUGGCUGUGAUGCGCUCACAGACGGGAGGGAUGUAGGAUGGAUGGAUGGGAUGAGCUCAGACAGGGAGCGAGGAGUGCCUUUUGUUGCUUGCUGUGAUUUGUGAGACGGUCACUGAUCGGUUUAGUCAAUGAGGGAGCGUUAUUUGUCUGAGAAAGAAAGGGAGGGAGGGUAGGAGGGUGCCGUGGACGCCCACAUGGAAGCACACAUGGAGGUGAACAUGGCACCCUGAGUGAGUGACCACCAUGGACUUUCUCUUUUUCUCCGAUGUGUCUGUGUUUCUGUGGGUGUUAAGUGGGUGUAUGGGCGCGAUGGGCGCAUGAGACACAUGAAUCCACCACGGCCAUGGCCGGCAAGGUGCGUGGUGGCUGGAUGGCUGGCUGGGUGGGUGGACCAAGUGCAAACCAAUGGAUGGCUGAUGUUGAGUGGCUUGCCGCAUUCAUGAGAACGAAUUGGACAGACGUAAGUACUCUUUCAUCAUUGAAGCGAUGUCCGCUGCCAUACACAAACAUGUAGACAGACAUCGUCUCCACAUAUGUCUGUCUAUCGGUGCUUGGAGGGCGAGAGAAGGCAUCGCGUCGUGUCCGGCAUCAAUCCAUCCAUCAUGUCGUUGCAAGCGCAGUCCACUGUAGCCGGUUGGUGGUGUUGCUGUUG